AUGUCAGAUUAUUUACCUGCACACGAUCUCGUCGUGGGCGACGUUGUGCUAGUGAAGAUGGGCGAUGUGGUGCCAGCAGACAUGGUCGUCCUGGAAGCCAUGGACCUGACGGCCAAUGAAGCUGUGCUUACCGGUGAGUCCACGGAGGCUAGCAAGUCCGCUGAGCUCAAGGAUGCAGAAGCCCCCUUCCGGUCCAACAUGCUUUACAGCGGCACGGAGGUGACGGACACGGGGAUGCGAACCCAGGUGGGGCUCAUUGCAAAACGCUUAGGGCAGCGGAAGAGCGUGACUGAGAAGAACCCUUUGAUGGUGUCGGUGAACAAGUUGGCCACUCGCCUUGCAGGUGUGCUGGGCAUUGUGAUUCUGGUUGCUACGGCCCUGGCCUUCAAGACAG